AUGUCUGACUACAUUGGAAGUCCUAACACUGAAGAUCCUACUGCUGAUUUUCUUGCUCGUGAACGUGCAGCUUUGGGUGAAGAUGCCGAUUUCUUCACAGACGAUCAUGUGGCAAUAACUCCAUUACCACCGGGAAUAUCAUCGCCUUCGUUUCUUGAAUCACCUGCACUUCCUUCACCUACUGGUAUCUUAUCUCCUAGUUCAGCUACAUUAAACACAGAAGAUCUCAUUCAACAAAGCAACCAAGUGUCUCAAUUUGAAACAAGUUAUCCCAACCCUGAUGAAUUGGAAUCCUCUCAGGCAUUCCAACAAGCCAUGUUACCCGAUGAAGAACCAGAAACUGUCAGGCAAUGGCGUGAAAAACAAAACGAAAUCCUAGCCGAACGUGAUCAACAGGCUGAAAAGAAAAGACAGGAAAUUAUUCAACAAGCUCAUACAGAUAUCGACAGGUUUUAUGAGGAAUACAAUGAAAAGAAACAACAAUCUAUUGAAAGAAACAGGCAACGUGAAGAAGAAAGACAAAAAGAAAAAGAUGAUUUGACAACAGGUACUAACAUUUGGGAACGUACUCUCAAGGAAAUCAAUAAUACAAGAGGAUCAUCAAAGGAUAGUAACGUAGCUCGUAUGAAGGAAAUCAUGGUUGAAUUGAAGAAAUCAAAAGAUGCCCCUGGAAACCUGUUUGCUGAAAUGAACGCGAACGAAACGGAUCCUUCAAUGCCUUUACCAGAUGAACCCAUGGAAGAAGAAAUGUACUCGGCGUGGGCACUUUUGAUUCUUAUGACUCUUUUGAUUGGUGCACUUUGGGCAAGUUACUACUUACAACUUCGAAAAAUCCGAGCAAUACAUGAAACGGUGAUAUCUAUUAUGGCUGGAAUGAUUGUUGGCUUGAUCAUCAAACUAUCUCCGGGAACUAUUAUCCAAAAAAUGAUGCAAUUCAAUCAAGGUUAUUUUUUCAACUUACUACUUCCACCCAUUAUUCUCAAUUCUGGCUAUGAAUUGAAAAGGAGGAACUUUUUCUUCAACUUUGGAACUAUUUUGACUUUUGCCAUGGUGGGAACCUUCAUUGCAGCUGUUGUUACUGGGAUGCUAACCUUUUUGUUCGCAUUGCUUCAUUUGGAAGGGAUCAAUAUUAGUUUCUUGGAUAGUAUGAUAUUUGGAUCUAUAUUAUCAGCAACUGAUCCUGUUACCAUUCUUGCCAUCUUUUCUCAAUUACAUGUGGAUCCUCAAUUAUUUUCCAUUAUCUCUGGUGAAUCUCUACUCAAUGAUGCUGUUGCUAUUGUAUUAUCAGAAACUUUACGAAAAUUCCGUGGUCAAGAUUUGCAUGCUGUCAAUAUAUUCAAAGGUAUUGGUCUUUUUUUGGGUGUAUUUUCAGCCUCCACCUUUAUUGGUAUACUCUUUGGUAUAGGAGUGGCUCUGAUGCUCAAGUACUCCCAACUUUAUCGAUUACCAAAUAUUGAAGCUUGUUUGAUCAGUUUGAUGGCUUACAGUAGUUACCUUUUCUCAAACGCUGCUCAAAUGUCUGGUAUUGUCACUCUUCUUUUUACUGGUAUUACACUCAAGCAUUAUGCCUACGACAAUAUGUCUCUACGAACCAAACGCGCUACACGUUAUGUCUUUCAAAUUUUGUCGCAACUGUCGGAAAACUUUAUCUUUAUCUAUCUUGGAGUCAAUCUAUUUACACAAACAGAAUUGGAUUACAAACCCAUUUUUAUAAUGAUGACUACAGUUUUUAUCUGUGUUGCACGUUAUUUAUCGGUAGCCCCUAUAUCGUUUAUCAUCAACGGAAUAUGUCGAGCAGUAGGAAAACCCGAAAUAUUACCAAGAUCUCAUCAACUAAUGCUUUUCUGGGCGGGUUUAAGAGGAGCAGUGGCUUUUGCUUUGGCUUCAAGUCUUUCUGGAGAAAGUGGAUCAGCUAUGAGAACAACUAUUUUGGCAGUGGUUGUCCUUACCGUUCUUAUAUUUGGCGGUACCACCAAUCGUAUGCUUCAAGUAUUGGAAAUCAAAACUGGUGUAGUAGAACCUGAUGAUUCUUGUAGUGAAGAUGAAGAAGAUGUGGAUCCUCAACAUUGGGAAACCCGGAACAAUAUUAGACGACGAGGACGACGACGACAAUUAUCAAUUUCACAACGACAACAACAAAAUGAUCAAAGUCGAUCUUCUUCUCAAGAACAUUUAUUAGAUAUGAAUGGUGGCAACGCUAUAUAUGAUGAUGAUGAUGAUAUGGAUUUAGAGGAGGAGGAGGAUUACAUGGUGAAUUCUUCUCAACGACAAUAUCGGCAAGAACAGACUGAUGUUUCUAUUGGUGGUUUACUCUCUGGGCCUCUUGGUACACCUAUUCCUGAACCGGAUCAACCUCAUUGGUUCAUGUCAUUUGAUGAGAAAUGGCUAAAACCUCUAUUGACCAAGAAACAUGUGCAGGCACGAAACCAAACGUUGGCGGAAUAUUGGCGAGAAAAACGUAAGAAAAUGGAACGAGAAAAUCAAAAUAUGUUGGCAGGUAUCCGUGGCAUUCAAUUUAGAAAUAAUGGAUAUCGACAACAAGAACAAGAUGCUAUGACAUUGAAAUCGGUUCAUGGUACAACUGGCUAUGAUGAUGGUAUUCAACAACAACAACAACAACAAGAUACUAAUGAAUGGGAACAACAAGCUUCAGAUAGGAGUAUUUUCAAUACACCUUCGACAAAUAGCAAACUUGUUAUUGGUUCUGGACGUGUCUUUGGUCGAUCUCCUUCAACUCCUCCUGAUGUAUAA